AUGCUUCUUCUUGAUUUAUUUUCACACUCCAUAUAUUGUAAGGAUCCCUUAGCAACAUCUACAAUAUCUUCUUCUUCUUCAGCUACGAUCGAUGUGUUUCAUUCAUGUCACAAUCCCAUUCUUAAAAUUCCAUCCAACAAGAUUCUCCUUACUGGAAUUUCCUCUAUUGAUUUAUUUAGUACCAUUUACGUUGGUCAACACGCAAUCAUUUCCACAGCCACACAAUUACCUCAUCAUUCAUUAAUUAUGCAAAUUUGUGAACAAGUUUCCAUUUAUUCUCCAACGAACUCUCUGGAUUUGCAUCUUUCUGAGAUUGAAAAUUCUUCUUCAACGAAUGAAUCGAAUCAACAUGACAACACUACUGAAUUGAUCCUAGUGUUUUGUCUUCAAUCGUACUCUCCACAGCAGGAUUGCAAGAUUUUUAAAUCCUUUUUCACAAAUACGACUCAUCGUUUACAACAUAAAAGUGUGUAUUUAUGUAAUUGUCACACUUGUGGUCUCUCCAUGAAUCAUACAUCUAUUCCUAACUCUGCAUGGAAUGGAAUGGAGGAUUGUCUUCCAUACAUUGCCAUGUCCAUCAGUGAAUAUUUAGCAUUUCAUUGUCACAAACAUGUCUUGUUCAUUUGGUAUGAACUCUCAUCAUUUAAAGAGUUUUGGAAAUGUGGAGUGGUCAAAGGAAAGAAUUCUGGUUCAUUGAGUGCACUUUCCGUGAUUGAAAACCCGAAUGACGAUCAUUCUCACAAAUUUGUGGAUGUCUUGAAUGGAGUGGCAGAUUGCACCAUUGUUUUGGAUCGAUCCUUAACCAAUGAUUGUCGACAACUAUAUCCUCCCAUCAAGAUGGAAUGGGGAAGGUUUCGAAUCCCGGCAAGAACCACAACUUCAAUUUCUUUCAGUGAAUAUUGGGAUCCAAUACGUUCGAUUCGAAAAGAUGUUUCAUUCGUCAGAAAUGUAUUAUUGAGAUUGGUUCAUGAAGCGAAAGAGAUUCACUCACAAUAUGCAAUACUUGCAUGGGAUUGUGUUUUACUAGAUGAUCAGAUCAUGAUGGAUUUUCUGACAGCUUUGGAAUUGAGAGUGAUUUCUCAGAGACGAGACGAGUAUCGACAUUUGUGUGAAACUCUAAAUUUAGUAUGGAAAUUAUUGGUGGAAUUCUUUUCAUUGAAAUGUUUGAAAUGGAAAUAUCCUGUACCGUAUUCAGAGGAAGCAUCACUCGUGGAUGAGUUGUACUCUUCAUUUGCCAAACUAACAAAAAGAAGAAGGAUUCUCAAUAUGGAAAUCUUUCAAAUGAACCUUUUUAAAAAGUGUCAAAAAGGUCAAUUUAAUGACAUGAUUCUUCAUGCACAAAGAUGA